CAGGCAAAACCCGUUGCCUCCUUACAUUUCGAGACAGUAUCCGAUCUGUAGAACAUAUGGCUAGUGAACGCUAAAGGACUGCUUCACAUCCGGAUAGUGCAGAGAUCUAACAACGGGCCCUGAAUCAGCCUCUCCACGGCUAGCUGCCAGCUGCCUGUCUGUCUGUCAGCUAGCUCUGACGUUACGUUAGCAGGAGUAGCAGCUGUCAAGCCCCCACCUCUCCGUGAAACGUGUUGGGGUUGCUUCUCAGAGUUCAUGUUUUUAGCUCGCUCCUUGUUCAAGAUGUCAAGUCCCAAUCCUUUAUUGAGGCUGGAGCAGCGAGCAGCCGAGGCUGACCAGAUCAUCGAGUACCUGAAACAACAAGUCCAGCUGCUAAAGGAUAAAGCCAUCGUCCAGGCCAGUGUCAGAGAAGAGAAGAAGCUGAUGGUGGAGAAUGCCAAACUGAAGAAUGACAUUGAGGAACUGAAAAAACAGCUGCUGGAAAAAGAGAAGAAAAGGGGAGUGCAGGCAGUGCCCAUGCCAUCGGGUGACAACAGUGACGAGUGCAUUUUGAAGCCCACCCCUCCCAAACCCUCUGGGCCAGCUCCCUCUGCUUCCCCUGCUGCUGCUGUCCAGAGCGCCCCUCCCAAAGACGAGAGUAAAAAGAAGCCAGAGAAAAAAGGAGGGGAUAAGGCAGAGAAGAAGCAGGCAGCGCCCAACCAAGAAGACGCCAAGGUGGACGUGUCUCGUCUGGACCUGCGCGUUGGACGUAUAAUCACGGCUGAGAAGCACCCAGACGCCGACAGUCUCUAUGUGGAGCAGGUGGAUGUGGGGGAGGCUUCUCCGAGGACGGUGGUCAGCGGGUUGGUCAAGCACAUACCUCUGGACCAGAUGCAAAACCGCAUGGCAGUUCUGCUAUGUAACCUGAAGCCAGCCAAGAUGAGAGGAGUGGUGUCCCAGGCUAUGGUCAUGUGUGCCAGCUCACCAGACAAGGUCGAAAUUCUGGAUCCCCCAAGUGGAUCAGCACCAGGGGACAGACUUACUUUCCAGGGAUUCCCAGGUGAACCAGACAAAGAGCUGAACCCAAAAAAGAAGGUGUGGGAGCAGGUUCAGCCAGACCUACGCACAGACGGCCAGUGUGUUGCAACCUACAAGGGAGCUGCCUUUGAAGUCGCCGGCAAGGGAGUGUGCAAAGCCCAAACCAUGAGCAACAGUGGAAUAAAAUAAAAUACCAGAGCUGCUUGAAAUAGCUUAGUGUUUACUUCAUCUGCAUAAUGACGAUGAUGGUGUUGAGAAAUGGGAGGGUGAUCAAUUGAAGUAAAUGCUUUGAAGAUGUUCAAUAAAGGGAUUUGAAAUAGUGAGUCCUAAGA